AUGGGAACGAACGCGAACGAGGACGCGAGCGCGACGAGCGCGGCGGUCGACUACGCGCUGCCUGGACCGUACCGCGUGCGCGUGCUGCCGCAGCUCGAACACACGUGCGCGAAGUGCUUUCCAUCGUGCACGGGGCUGAGCUGCCUGAGUAGGAUCAAGGUGUACGUGCCGAGGGUGGAGGUGUCGCCGGACGCGCUGUUUCCGCUGGGCGAAGUCGAGCGCGGAGCGACGCGAUCGCGGGCUGAGGACGACGCGAUGGAGGCGCCGUAUCCGGUGGCGAUAAUCACCCCUGGGUUCUUGAUCGAUGGCGACGCGUACGCGUCGAUCGCGCGGAGAUUGUGUUCGUGGGGUUACGUCGUGGUGACGUACACGAAGACGGAAUCCGUCGCGGGAGGGUCGCUGGACGACGAACUGAGCACGGCGAUUUUGGACGAUUUGAUAUCUUGGGUGGGGUCAGACGUACUGAUAUCGCCUUACGCCGACGCCGAGGCGGUUUACUUGAUCGGGCACAGCAGAGGAGGGAAGAUUUCCAUGCUCCAAGCGACGCGAGACAAACGCAUUAAGGCGAUUUGCUUGCUCGAUCCCGUCGAUAAUACCGUGUACGCGCCGCUCGGCGUGGGCUACCCCAGCGCGUUGGCGGCUAUGAAAGUGAAUCCAUCCGCCGUACCGCCCGUGGCGAUCGUGGGUGGCGCGAACGGUGGCGAAUGCGCGCCCGCGGAGUCAAACUUUGCCGAAUUCUUUGCCGCAUCGCCGAGCGGCGCCGUCGCGCGCGACCACCCACCCUGGGGUAUCUCGUGCGGCGCCGGCCACUUUGACUUCGUCGACGAAGCGACGUUCGUGCAAAAAGUUAUCUGUCCAGAGGGCACGAUCGAUGCGAGCGCGACUCGAGAUCUCAGCGCCGCCGUCGCCGUGGCGCACGGCGAGCGCGUCUUCCGCCCGUCGGCGGCGCCAGACGAUGAUAUCCUCGAGCGCACGCUCGCGUCGCUCCGCAGUCAGUGGACCGAUCGCGGCGUCGAAUUCUCCUCAGUCAAGCGCUUGUAA